CGUUCAAGUCAGUGCUCCGAUGGACGUGGAAUCAACCUCAUCCAAUCCACCUCAUUUCCAACAAUUUCCAUCAAUUCUCCAUGUAAAUAUCUAAUGAAUCAACUAUUAAUGACAACUAUUUUCACGCGGAGUGACUGAAUAAUUUUAAAAACCAUUAAAUUAUCACGUCUCAUUUUCUCGAUUAGUUAAAAAAAUCACAGACUAUCGAUACGCAAUCAAUUCGAUGAGCAAUUGAACGAUCGAAUUUAACAGCUCUAAUAGCCAACGUAUCGAGCAAUAAGUGUCCGUUUUGACUUGAUAAUGCCAAUCGUUUUUCCCUGACAUAUAAUCCUUUUAUCCGGAAUUGAGUGGAGAACUGAUAUCACGAGCACGAUUGUCAACGGAGUGGAGUGAAUGAAAAAUACAUCUGUUGAAAAAAUCAUACUUAUCGGACUGUUUUAUUAUCGUCGAUGCCGGUGGGUGAGAUAUUUAAAAAAAUAAAUAAAUAACCGGUUGGGAGGAAUAAAAAAAAGUUUGGAUCACUGGAGUUAUAUAUACCUUGUACAACACGCCGGAUGCCCGUAAAUUGUUGCGGCGUAUAAUUAAAGUCGUCUUGAGACGAGUGAGUUGGAUGAGAACGGCCGGGACGACCUGCAACGAUUGCCGUCUGGUUGAAAAGAAUAAAAGUUGGUGAAAAACGAAGAUAGUUGGAAAAGGGAGAGGAAAAUAUCCGGAUAACUAGGGGAGCAGUACGAAAAGAUAGCGACGGUUCACACGGGCUAUUAUUUUUUUUUUCCUCAAGAUGCUUUCCAUGAAUGUCAUUAUCACAAAAUUAUUUUUCAGUGUCCAGUGAUCAUUCGUGCACAUUAUCCAGGUGAUAAUUAUUACAUACGAGUGUUCUCUUGUGAUAUCACGUGUAGUCAAUUUUACGUGCUGUGAUAAAGCUUGUGAUAUUUUCGUCAGCCAUAUAGAGAGAAAAAAAAAUACUGCAUAAUAUUGGAAUCGCCGGUUGAGUUUAUCGCGGUUCAUACUUUUGCGUAACAGAUAUUCCUUCAGCAUCAUCCUUGGAUCAAUGCUCGAGGCAUUGGCGAUCAAAAGUCGAGAGAUUUAAAAGCACUGAUCUAGCGACUGGAGCAAAAAUUAACAUAUCAAAUUAUAUAAACGAACAAAUAACGAGCAUAAUCAGGAUUAUCAAACGAGACUACGGUGUGCGCUCGAUAAAUACAAUAAUAAACGAUAAUUAAUAACGUCGAGGUGAUAAAAGACGGCAUUACGAGUGUCCAAAACGACACACCGGGUCAGACCAGGUGGAGACUCCAACGUGUUUUGGAGAUGAGACUCAUACAGAGACUAGCGGUCAGCGGUCUUGUGUCGGUUGUGUUAAUUGUUCUUUUGACUGGAGCAUUUAUAACCAGGAGAGAUCUGGCAACGGUUGUUGAUCGGGGAGCUGGUCCUGGUGAACGAUCUGACCAGGUUAAUCCGGCUUGGGUACCUGAUAAUUCCGUCUCCGAGCAGAACAAUCGUCUCAAUGAGCUGAAGGACAAACGUCCAGUCAAUUUGAGACACAGACCAGCCGAUUAUUUUGAACAGGAAUCCGCUGUUGUACCUAAGCCCGGACCUGCACCACUUACUUAUUUCAUCGGAUCCCCUAAUCCGCCUUUGGACGAUGUCACCAAUCAGCGGCGAGAGAAAGUCAAAGAGAUGAUGAAGCAUGGCUGGGACAACUACGUCAGGUACGCCUGGGGCAAGAAUGAGCUCAGACCUAUAUCAAAGAGAGGGCAUACUGCCAGCAUCUUUGGUACAUCUGCCAUGGGUGCAACCAUUGUUGAUGGUCUCGAUACACUCUAUAUCAUGGGACUGCAUAAGGAAUUCAAACAAGCAAGAGAUUGGAUAGCUGAGAAUCUUGACUUCGAUAUUAAUUCGGAAGUAUCAUUAUUUGAAACCAACAUCCGAUUCUUGGGUAGCCUUUUAGCGUGCUAUGCCCUCACUGGUGAUGUGAUGUUUCGUGACAAGGCUGCUCAGCUGGGUGAACGGAUGCUACCGGCGUUUCAAACGGAAACUGGAAUACCGCAUUCCCUCAUCAACCUGCACACUGGGAUAAGUAGAAAUUACGGAUGGGCAAGCAGUGGCUGCAGUAUUCUCUCUGAAAUUGGCACUUUGCAUCUUGAAUUCGCGUAUCUCAGUGAUAUAACUGGCAAUCCAGUGUUCAAGAGUAAAGUGGAGAAUGUGAGGAAAGUGUUGAAAAGUCUGGAAAAGCCAAAAGGGCUCUAUCCAAAUUACAUCAAUCCGCGGACUGGAAAGUGGGGCCAACAUCACAUGUCGUUGGGAGGAUUGGGCGAUAGUUUCUAUGAAUAUCUCCUGAAAGCGUGGAUUCAAUCUGGAAAGGAGGAUAUAGAGGCUCGACAAAUGUACGACAAGGCGAUAGCGGCUGUUGUCAAGAAUAUGGUUAAAGAAUCGCCAGGUGGAUUGACAUACCUGAUGGAUUUGAAGUUUGAGAGGCCUGAGCAUAAAAUGGGUCAUCUCGCAUGUUUCGCAGGAGGAAUGUUCUCGCUGGGGGCUAAAACAGAGGAUAAUGAGGUGUCUAAAAAAUACAUGAAUAUAGCGGCGGGCCUGACAAAUACUUGUCACGAAUCUUACGAUCGGAGUGCAACUAAACUGGGACCUGAAGUUUUUCACUUCAUCGAGGGAAAUGAGGCACGAAGCCUCAGGAGUGGAGAGAAAUAUUACAUUCUUCGACCUGAAACAUUUGAGUCGUACUUCGUCAUGUGGCGGCUUACGAAAGAUCCUAAAUACCGAGAAUGGGGUUGGGAAGCCGUACAGGCGCUGGAAAAGCAUUGUCGUGUACCUGGAGGAUUCACGGGACUCAGUAAUGUGUAUCUGGCAGAUUCACCAAAGGACGACGUACAACAGAGUUACUUCUUCGCUGAGACACUGAAGUACCUUUAUCUACUGUUCAGUGAUGAUAACCUGAUAAGCCUUGAUGACUGGGUAUUCAAUUCAGAAGCGCAUGUCCUACCCAUCAGAGGGAAUCCACUGUACCGUAGUGCACCACAAUUAUAAAUCAACAAUUGAACACCUUAAACGCUGCAAUAGAAUAUUCGUUGAUCGAAGAAAUAUUCAACUGAUCAACCCAUUGAUUCUUCAUGUUUGAAAAAAAUCCCCCUCAAAUUUCGAUUGGAAAAUUAGGUGAAAUUUAAGUGAAUCGUCAAUCGUCAAGUAGAAUAAUUGUAAAUAACAAGAUUUCGUGGGAAAUCGUGACAAGUGUGAAUGUUUGAUUUUCGCUGACAGGUAAUUGAGAUUGAUUGUCUCCCGUCGAUUAUCAUGUGCGAUUACAUGUUCAAUCAUGUGGCCUAAACUACUGAGGAUGCACGCUAAUUCCCCUUGUAUGAGUCAUCGUUGUGUGUAAUACGAUUCUUUAAUUCAUGGAAUUGUCGAUUUUGUGUCUGGCUUUGCGUGUCGUGUGUUACAACGCUGAAACUAUUCUGAUAAAAUUGAGAUGAAUUACUGUUGUGCAUUUAUGAAUGGAUAAUUCUGUAGAGAUAAUUAAUGGCUUCCAGAAGCUAAGAAAUAGAUUUAAAUAAUUGGAUAGUUCAAUGUCUCCCGAUGAGACAAUCAGCAUCUUCUGUCAUUCAGUUUUUUUGGUCUUAGCUGUCCCUCACACAAGUGCUCCUUCGACUGAGAAAUUUUUAAUUGUAAAAAUUAAUGAAAAUUGAAUUUUGUUUCCAUCAUAAAAGGAAGUUAUGUAUGUAGAAAUUCCAUCUCGAUGAGCGAUUACAAUCGAGAUUUUAAGUGGGAAACGAAAUACACUUAAGAAUAAUGAAUGACAAGUCCACUUUAUUCCCUUAACAACUAUAUAUUCAUCAUAACUGUGUGAUUGUGUGCUAUUGUUUUCUUAUCGAUCAAUGAAUGACUCGAUUUUAAACGAAAUAGCCAUCAGAUUGAUGAAAUUGACAACAUACUUAUAAAUUCGACAAUCGCUGGUUUAUUAAUUAUCAUAAGAAGACACUUAGCACUUGGAUAAGAAUGUGAAUGAAAAAAUGAGAAAUGGAUAAAAAAAUAUACGAUUCUUAGGAGAAAUGUGUAUCAAGCCUAGAUUUGUAAAUAAUAAAUUACAUAAAUGUCAUAUUCUGUAUGAGAUUUGUGAAGUAGCGUAUUGCUGAUUUGCUGAGGACGAAUGCAAUAGUGUAGUUGUUGCAACGAAAAUGUAAAAUAUAAAUUUGAAAGAUUCCUGACAUUUUUUCUUUUGCAUAAAGAACAGUUGAUUGUCACAAUCAUCGUUUUAUUAUGAGCAGAUAAAUAAAAAAUUGUAAAUUAGUCAAUAUCGACACGAAAAUCUUCCGAGUAAAAUGAAAGGACUGUAUUCCAUAAAUUUUAAUGGCAUGUGUGGUACUUAAUGGUGCCGAUGACUAUCAUAACGCGAUGAUCAUGUUUUUUCGAAAUAUAUUUUCUUCACAUUUAAAAGUCUUCUGGUACGAAUUUGUCACGGAGAAUGGCCAUACAAAGCCAAAAAAAAAUACAAACAACACUUUAACUGCAAAUUCUUCCUGUGUAACUACUGUUUAUUGAGACAGAAUGUUUAUAUGAAUGGAAAAAGAAAAUAAUGUACGUACAUCUAUUUCUAAGGAGACAAAUAGCCAAUCUAUUAUACAUAAAGUUCGCAAUUACUUAACGAUCACCACUCAUUUUUGUAUUAAACAGACAAAUCUAGAAUUAUUUCCUUAAGAAAGAAAGAGGUACAGCAGAUGUAUCAAGAAAUUACCGGUAGUAAUAAUAUAUUAAAGAAGAGCGGUCAAAGUCAGCAAUUGAUAGUAAUAAUUAAUCGCCUAUGGGGAAACAUUGUGAAUAGAUAUUUAAUAAUUUAUUAUUGUUGACUAGAGCAUAUUACUUUCAACGCUCAGAAAAUGAAUAGAAUUAUGAAUUUCACUGAGGGUUUCGGGUACCAAUGAAACAUUUCAGUUGCAAACCUAAAGGUACUCAUCAACUUUAUAACCACACAUUUUGUUCAGCCUAAACUGCCUGGAAGAAUUUCAAUUGAAAAAGUACUUCCAAAUUGGCAUAACUUAACGAACACAUGUAGUAGAGAUUAUGUACCAAUAAAUAAAUAACACAGAUAUAAAUAUAUUUCAAGUUGAGGCAUUCUUUUACACAAUAGAAA